AUGUUGACUGCGGAGACUGCUGCAGGUCGAUACGGCAAAGAGCUCCCACGCGAGUUUUCUGAGCGUGACGCUGACGCCAUCAAGAGGAAGUUCUUGGCGUUGAAGAACGCUUUGAAGCCAACGGGUGACCCAUCUUGUCCGGAGGAGGUAGCUCGCUCUAAGCGCGAGUACUACAGGAUGGAGUCUAGUUCUGGUGUUGAGGCGUUUGAAGACACGGCACCCGCCAACACCACGAGCACCCCUGCAUCAGCAUCACCAAUUGCCGAAGCCCCAGCCCCAUCACCGUCUUCUCCCAGUGGAACAGCUUCCACCGCUACUUCUCUAGCAGCUGAGUCUGCGAUUCCUACCACAGCGCCUCCAACGCCGUCUUCUGUCGAAGACAGCGCAAACGCAGGAGCACGUUCCGCUUCUCAGCGAUGCGGUAAGACGCCAAACGAACUUGCCAAUUUAAAUGAAGUGCUCAAGCGUGCCCGUGCUACUGCUGAAGAUGCAGAGGUUUCUCAAACGGUCAAACGCAGGAGGACGAUCAACAAUUUGCUGGGCAAGCUGGAAAAAGAGAGCGGUGGUUUCACCGAUAUGGUGCAGGCAGUCAUUGCUAUGGAGGAACGUGCUGCGUCGAUAGAUGUUUCGCAGAAGGCGUCCACGUUCUUGGGGGUCGAAUGGAAGGCGCAGUUGCAGACGCCGAUAACAACGCUCGGCGGAGCCCAUGCCCCAAUCGGCUGCCUGUCGGACCGAUGUAAUGGCGUUGCUAAGCGCCACCAAACCGAGUCGGCAUUCAAUGUGGGCUCGUUCUAG